UGAAGGCGGUUUUGUUUUUAUAGCUUUCUUCUUUUGGUUAAUUUAUCAAUGAAAAAUGCUUAAAUAUGCAUUUCAAUGUGGAGCAAUACAUACUAAUAUGUACCUUUGGCACCUGUCCAAUCAAAUCUGCAAGCGUAGUUAUAGUAGCAAGAUCAGGAACAUAGGAAUUUUAGCGCACAUAGAUGCAGGUAAAACAACGACCACAGAACGCAUGCUCUUCUAUGCGGGAAAAACACGGGCUUUGGGAGAGGUGCAUCGGGGUAAUACGGUUACCGAUUACCUAACUCAGGAGCGGGAACGCGGCAUAACAAUAUGCAGUUCGGCAGUAACCUUUUCUUGGAAUGACCACCGCAUUAACCUUUUGGAUACACCCGGCCACAUUGACUUCACUAUGGAGGUCGAGCAAUCCCUAUAUGCCGUGGAUGGUGUAAUCGUUGUUUUGGAUGGCACCGCUGGCGUAGAGGCGCAAACAGUCACCGUGUGGUCGCAGGCGGACAAGCACAAGCUACCUCGUCUCAUAUUCGUCAACAAGAUGGAUCGUCCGGAUGCAGACUUUGAAAAGUGCGUCAGCGAUCUGAAAGACAAGCUGGAAACGCAGCCCGUUUGCUUGCAGUAUCCUGUAAAAGACGAAGAUGGAGUAUUGGCUAUCAAUGAUGUGAUUACAUUGGAGAGGAUAAGUUGGCAACAAAAGGAUUUGGGACGCAGUUACGAAAAUGUAAAAUUAGAGCCAUCAGACGAUCUGCGCCAGCUGCAGGAAAAGCGCAACGAACUAAUUGAUAAAUUGUCAGGAUUGGAUGACGAACUGGCCGAUGUGGUGAUCAGCACAGAAAGCUUUGACAAUGUGGAUAAUGGCCUUAUUCAAAGAGCUCUUCGAAGGGCUACCAGCCAGCAGAAAGUGGUGCCCGUAUUACUAGGAUCUGCCUACAAAAACGUUGGCAUUCAACGACUGAUGGAUGCUGUGAACACUUAUUUACCGGCUCCCGAGGAACGUAACCAGAUCUAUGACUGCUUUGGAACAGAAGUGGCUGGCAAAGUCUUUAAGAUCGUGCACGACAAGCAACGUGGUCCAUUGACUCUGGUACGGAUUUUAAGGGGCGAGAUCAAACGAGGUAUGCGUUUGAUUUCCGUUCGUGGUCAGGCCGAAGUUGUUUCAAAACUAUAUGAGCCUUUGGCCGACGAAUAUCGAGAAGUCAGCGCUGUGCAGUCUGGUGAUGUUGUGAUAUGUGCUGGUCUUAAGUCCACGGUGACGGGAGAUCUGCUGACCUCCAGCCACUCAGCUUUAAAAAAUGCUCAGAAACGUUUAAAGCAAAGCCUGGGUGCUUCUGCACUGAAAGAGGAUGAUGAUGAACUGGAUGAAUCAAACGAGUUGUUUGCCAUCGACCCUCAAAUUCCCGACGCCGUAUACUUCUGUUCCAUUGAACCUCCUAGUGUAUCCUCACAAACGGCCAUGGAACAGGCACUCAAGCAACUGCAAAGGGAGGAUCCUAGCCUGAGAGUCAGCUACGAUUCCGUCACUGGACAGACAGUGCUUGGUGGAAUGGGAGAGUUGCACAUGGACAUCAUCAAGUCACGUAUUCUUAGUGAGUACAAAAUCGAUGUUGAUCUGGGUCCUCUGCAAAUUGCUUACAAGGAGACAAUUGACUCACCAUCGUUAACUACGCUAAGUGUUGAGAAGGAAAUCGCUGGCAGCAAGCAGAAUGUCAGUAUUACUCUGGAGUUGGUUAAGAAUCAAAAUGAGUUAUUUAGUUUAGAUAAGUCACCAGAAAACUUGCCAAACCUCAACACGCUGCGACCGCGUAUUCUUCAGGUUCUUCGGAAGGGCUCUAUUAGUGCUCUGGAGCGAGGACCUCGCGUUGGUGGUCAAGUUGUGGAGACCCAGAUUCGCCUGCACAGUGUCAAUAUUGGACGCGGCACAGCAGAUUCCUUUGUCAUGGCUACGGCAGCUCAGUGUGUCCAAAAGCUGCUAAGCAUGAGUGGAACUAGACUGUUGGAACCGAUUAUGUCCCUUCAAAUUGUGGCACCUAGCGAACGCAUUUCUGGCAUUAUGGCCGAUCUUUCACGACGACGUGCGCUAAUUAACGAUGUUCUACCGAAGGGUGAUAGAAACAAGAUGAUACUGGUGAAUGCUCCCCUGGCAGAGCUUUCCGGUUACUCAAGUGCUCUGCGCACAAUUAGCUCUGGUACAGCCAGCAUGACGAUGCAACCAUGUGGUUUCUCUUCCAUGAACUCUGCGGACGAAUCGCUGGCGGAGCUAAGGUCCCAAGGCCUCGAAUAGAUUCUAGUACACCAAAAAUUGUUAAUUAGUUGUACUUCAGCAGGCGAUCUUUCAACUGUCAGGCGUAAUUAUGUGUUUGUAUAUUCAGCCCAACAAUAGAUAUUUUUGUUUACCAAUA